UUCUGAGGACGCCGCGGAAGCGGGACGGGAUUGGAGUUCUCUGCUCCGGACGCACUACGUAGGGGGGCCUGCGGGAGUUCUGAGUGCGACGGCGCAGGUCUGCAACAUGGCUGCCCGGCUUGUGAGCCGAUGCGGGGCUGUGCGUGCAGCUCCCCACAGCGGCCCGCUGGUGUCCUGCCGCAGGUGGUCCGGCGCCUCAACAGACACCGUGUAUGACGUGGUGGUGUCGGGUGGAGGCCUGGUGGGCGCUGCCAUGGCCUGUGCCUUGGGAUAUGAUAUCCACUUUCAUGACAAGAAAAUCCUGUUGCUAGAAGCAGGUCCAAAGAAAGUAUUGAAGAACUUGUCAGAAACUUACAGCAACAGGGUCAGCUCCAUUUCCCCUGGCUCUGCAACGCUUCUCAGUAGUUUUGGUGCCUGGGACCAUAUCUGCAACAUGAGAUACAGAGCCUUUCGGCGAAUGCAGGUGUGGGACGCCUGCUCAGAGGCCCUGAUAAUGUUUGAUAAGGAUAAUUUAGAUGAUAUGGGCUAUAUCGUGGAGAAUGAUGUCAUCAUGCAUGCUCUCGCUAAGCAGCUGGAGGCUGUGUCUGACCGAGUGACGGUUCUCUACAGGAGCAAAGCCAUUCGCUAUACCUGGCCUUGUCCAUUUCCUAUGGCCGACUCCAGCCCUUGGGUUCAUAUUACCCUAGGUGAUGGCAGCACCUUCCAGACCAAAUUGUUGAUAGGUGCAGAUGGUCACAACUCCGGAGUACGGCAGGCUGCUGGAAUCCAGAAUGUGAGCUGGAACUAUGACCAGUCUGCUGUUGUGGCUACUCUGCAUUUAUCAGAGGCCACAGAAAACAACGUAGCCUGGCAGAGAUUUCUUCCCUCUGGGCCUAUUGCUCUGCUCCCGGUAAGAGGUCCUUCUGGCCAGUCUGCCCACAUGCAUGUAGCCUUUCCUCUUCACUUUCUCUCAGCCUUUUUAUGGUUUCAAGGGAAUCUGCCCAGGCUGGUUGUAAGUUCCCUUCUUGUCUUUUUAUGCUUGAGAGUUUCCAAGUGCAGAAGAGUCUUAGCCCUUGGUAUUGGUAUUCUUUUGACACAGCUCUCAGACACCUUGAGUUCCUUGGUUUGGUCCACGUCCCAUGAACAUGCAGCAGAGCUAGUUAGCAUGGAUGAGGAAAAAUUUGUGGAUGCCGUUAACUCUGCCUUUUGGAGUGAUGCUGACCACACGGACUUCAUCGACACAGCUGGUGCCAUGCUGCAGUAUGCUGUCGGCCUUCUGAAGCCCACUAAGGUCUCGGCUCGCCAGCUGCCCCCAAGUGUAGCCAGGGUGGAUGCCAAAAGCCGAGUUCUGUUUCCUCUUGGGUUGGGACAUGCUGCUGAGUAUGUCAGGCCUCGGGUGGCGCUCAUUGGGGAUGCAGCCCACAGAGUCCAUCCGCUUGCAGGACAGGGUGUCAACAUGGGCUUUGGGGAUAUCUCCAGCUUGGCCCAUCACCUCAGUACGGCAGCCUUCAAUGGGAAGGACUUAGGUUCCAUGAGCCACCUCACAGGUUAUGAAACAGAAAGACAGCGUCACAACACUGCUCUUCUGGCUGCUACAGACUUACUAAAAAGGCUCUAUUCUACCAGUGCCUCCCCGCUUGUGUUGCUCAGGACGUGGGGCUUGCAGGCCACAAAUGCAGUGUCUCCACUCAAAGAACAGAUUAUGGCCUUUGCAAGCAAAUGAGUACUCCUCUCCUAAAGAUUGUUGAUGAAAAAGAACAUCCUGCCCAGGACCCAUCAUACAUAUUUUCAAGAUCUUAUUUAAUUUAAUAAACUUAAUUUACAUUAAAA